AUGAAACUUAUAGCUAUUCUCGGGCUUCUGCCCUUGUUUUUCGCUAACACGGAGGGGGCAGUUGCUGCAUCUCCCCGCGCUGCCGAACUUGCUCUCCGCAGCGACGCGACGCCCGCCUCCGUGGCACAGUCCCCUCCCCGCGGCACCCCGACGGCGCAGCAGUCGCUCUGCACGCAGUACGCGUACGCGUCGGUUAACGGCUACGACCUGCUCAACAACCUAUGGGGCAAGGACGCGGCCCAGUCCGGGUCGCACUACGUGUAUGCGGGUCGCCAGUACGACCGCCCGCUACUCUCUAAUAUCAAGUCGCUGCCGACGACGGUAAAGUGGUCAUAUAACAAGGGCAACAAUGAGAUCCGCGCCAACGUCGCGUAUGACCUCUUCACCCACCCAGAUAAGAACCACGUCAACUCUAACGGCGAGUACGAGCUGAUGAUCUGGCUGAACAUUUAUGGAGGCGUUUGGCCCAUCACCGAGAGCUCCACUGGCUCGCCUAUUGAGACCGUCACAAUUGGCGGGCACUCGUGGAACCUGUACUUUGGCUACAAUGGCCAGAUGAAGGCAUUUACGGGUACGGAUGCGUACUUCUACGUGGAGCAGUUCAAGGCCGAGUUCUCGGAUCUCCAAUCCAUUGGCGUGGCCAGUGAGGUUAGGCUGACGAGAGCCGAUGAUUUCCUGGAUCUGGGCGAACGGCAGGCUGCGGGCCAAUUCGGCUAA